AUGGCGACCGUUCUUGUUAAAGGCGCCGAGAGCAAAGUGUACGCCACUGAGUCGACCACGUCUCUGGAUACAGCCGCCCCAUUGGGUUAUCCAUUGGAGGAGAAACGAUUCUUCUUUCAGAGGACUAAGACGUACAACCCCGAGGCUAUCGCAACUCUGCCUAGCGUUUUUGACGACCCCGAUACUGCAGAUAAAUACAAACCUAGAGAUGAUUGGGAGAACUUACAUCGGUUCGAUCCAUCUGCGAGAUGGAGCUGGAGGGAAGAGUAUGCCUUGAUCCGAAAGAUCGAUUUGCGCAUCAUGGUAUGGGCUUGUAUCAUGUUCAUGGCUCUUGAAUUGGACAGGACGAAUCUGCAACAAGCCCUGACCGACAACUUUCUCAAUGACUUAAAGCUGAUUACAGAUGAUUAUAACAUGGGAAACACAGUGUUCAAGCUGUCAUUCUUGUGUGCCGAGCUUCCCUCUCAGCUCGUUUCGAAGUGGAUGGGCCCCGAUCGAUGGAUCCCUGCCCAGCUAUGUCUUUGGAGUAUUGUUGCAAGCACUCAAUUCUGGCUGGAUGGGCGGGCUUCCUUCUUGGCAUGCCGAGCGCUUCUUGGUCUUCUACAAGGUGGAUUCAUUCCCGAUGUUAUCCUAUAUCUGUCGUAUUUCUACAAGCACCAUGAGCUCAACCUGAGACUAGGCUUUUUCUGGACAAUGAUGAGUGUUGCCGAUAUCAUGUCCGGCUUCCUCGCUUAUGGCAUAUUGCACACCCGUGGCCUCCAUGGCCAAGCUGGCUGGAGGUGGCUCUUCUUGUUGGAGGGUCUUCUAACCCUGGUUGUUGGAAUAUUCUCAUUUGCGUUGAUGCCUGCCGGUCCUUGCCAGACAGCAAGCUGGUUUCGAGGGAAGAAUGGUUGGUUUAGUGAAAGAGAAGAGAUAAUCAUGGUCAAUCGCAUCAUCCGCGAGGAUCCUAGCAAGAGCUCGAUGCAUAACCGCCAACCUAUCACACCGCGCCUUUUGUUCAAGAGUUUGCAAGACUUCGACCUCUGGCCGCUUUACAUCUUGGGACUGCUAUUCCAGGUUCCUGCAACACCUCCGCAGCAAUAUCUGACUUUGUCCCUGAAGAACCUUGGGUUUGAUACCUUCCAGUCCAACCUUUUAGCCAUCCCUUGGACUGUUGGACAUAUCAUCACAAUGCUGGCUCUAACCUAUGCUGCUGAGGUGUUUGGGGAGCUGACUCUCACAUCGUUGGUCGGACAGAUAUGGCUAUUACCGUUCGUGAUAUACCUUAACGUCGCCGAUACUGCCAACACCAACCGUUGGGUUAUAUGGACUGUUACAACAUUGCUCCUUUCUUACCCAAAUGCACACCCCAUCCAGGUCGGUUGGAAUUCUCGAAAUUCAAAUACUGUACGAUCUCGCACCGUAUCCGCAGCUUGUUACAACAUGUUUGUGCAAGCUGGGGGCAUUAUCUCAUCGAACAUCUACCGCUCCGAUGACGCACCUCUGUAUAGAAGAGGAAACAAGGCGCUCAUAGGAGUCCUUGCUGGGAACAUCCUUCUCUACCUUCUGACGAAAGCAUACUACGUGUCUCGUAACAAGCAGCGGGACCGUAAGUGGGAUGCCAUGACUGACCAGGAAAGGCUCCACUACCUUGCUACCACGACUGAUGAAGGCAACAAGAGGUUGGACUUCCGUUUCCAACACUAA